CAAUUCUUAUCUCUGUGUCAKGGGUUUUGCUUUAGAAUUUGUUGAUAUAAUACAAUCCACAGCUUAGCAGUCGAUCCCUGUCUGUUCAAGUACAGCAUGUUUUUAAGGGGUACAUCACCUUUUAAACAAAUACCUGGAUUUCAGAUCAUAAAGUCCCAAAUCUAAUAAACAUGCAGAAAAUCUUAGUAACAACGACAGUCCCUUUAAAGUAUACAAGAUGGACAUAAAUGGUUUAAACCAGUUUUUGGCUUGCAUUGUGGCUCUUGGGCCAUUAACAUUUGCUCCACACAAAGAUUUCAGARUUUCAGACAGGAUGAACUUUUCCCUCCAGCACGUUCUACAAAUACMCUCUCACCCAGUGGCUCAGCAGCAGCACCCUUCCUCUCCAGCAGAAAGGUCCUGGGGUGUAAUCCCACCCACAGGCUGCCUUAUAAAAGCCCUGGCUAGAAAACUACUUUUGCAUUUUUGACUGGAUCUUCCUUGGACUGUCUGGCAAUGCCUGUGGAUUUCAGUGGAACCUGGAACCUCGUCAGCAAUGACAACUUCGAAGGCUAUAUGGUGGCCUUAGGUAUUGACUUUGCAACACGCAAAAUAGCAAAAGUGCUGAAGCCUCAGAAAGUGAUCAAGCAAGAUGGUGAUUCAUUCUACAUCCAUACCACUAGCACAUUCAGAGAUUAUUUGCUUGAAUUCAAAGUUGGACAAGAGUUUGAAGAAGAUAAUAAAGGCUUGGAUAACAGAAAAUGCAAGAGCCUUGUUACCUGGGAAAAUGACAAACUUGUCUGUGUCCAGACUGGUGAGAAGAAGAACAGGGGCUGGACUCACUGGCUKGAAGGAGAUGACCUCCACCUGGAGCUUCGUUGUGAGAAUCAAGUAUGUAGACAGGUCUUCAAGAGAGCUUGAGUCUGUGRUGUGCUGGAUGCUGCCUGCAGGGCAGCUCUGCAGAGGAGCCUCAAGUCCAGCGAUGGCUCUAUAAAGAACUGACUCCKUGUACCUGUUAACCUGAACCCUUUGAAGUUUCUGGCUCAGGAAAUAMGUCUGCUGUUGCCAGUGCUAAAGGUCUGAUUUUUGCUAAUAAAUGCCA